AUGCAAAUCGUUACGCAUUUCUCCUCCAAAGCCUUCACACCUUCUCUUCUUCCCUCUCUCACCACCGCAGCCCUCACCUUCCGCCGUCGCCCUCCCAAUUUCCACUUCUACCCCUCCUCUUCCUCCCUCGCAUGCCACCUCAGCUCCGGCCACACCACCCCCCAACAACAACAACAACCCAUGGACUCCCCGCCGCCGCCGGAGCACCCCUCCGUCGACUCCGUCACUCACGAUUUGCGCAACCAGAGCUUGGCCGGCGGCGACGCGCCGAGAGCGAGGUUGAAGCUUGAGGAUCUGAACUGGAACAACUCGUUUGUCCGAGAGCUGCCUGGCGAUCCCAGGACCGAUACUUUUCCACGAGAGGUGUUGCAUGCCUGUUUUACAAAAGUAACUCCAUCAGCCCAAGUGGAGGAUCCCCAGCUCGUUGCUUGGUCAGAGUCCGUUGCUGAGUUUCUUGAAUUGGAUCCUCAAGAAUUUGAAAGGCCAGACUUCCCUCUUUUAUUCUCUGGAGCAUCUCCUUUGGUCGGAUCGUCACCCUAUGCUCAGUGCUAUGGAGGACAUCAGUUUGGCAUGUGGGCAGGACAGUUGGGGGAUGGUCGGGCUAUUACACUUGGGGAGGUACUUAACUCUGAAUCUAAAAGGUGGGAACUGCAGCUUAAAGGUGCUGGAAAGACCCCUUACAGCCGGUUUGCCGAUGGCCUUGCUGUGCUUCGUAGUAGCAUUCGGGAAUUUCUCUGCAGUGAAGCAAUGCAUAGUCUUGGAAUUCCAACUACUCGUGCUCUAUGUCUUGUGACAACAGGAAAACUUGUCACUCGUGACAUGUUUUAUGAUGGCAAUCCAAAGGAAGAGCCAGGUGCAAUUGUUUGCAGGGUUUCUCCAUCCUUCCUUCGCUUUGGAUCCUACCAAAUACAUGCCUCUAGGGAAAAAGAAGAUCUUGCCAUUGUUCGUACUCUAGCAGACUAUGCCAUUAGGCAUCACUUCCCUCAUAUAGAGAACAUGAGUAGAAGUGACAGUUUAUCUUUCAAUACAGGCAACGAAGAACAUGAAGUUGUUGAUCUAACGUCUAACAAGUAUGCAGCCUGGGUGGUGGAAAUUGCUGAACGUACAGCAUCCUUGGUUGCUAAGUGGCAGGGGGUUGGUUUUACUCAUGGUGUGUUGAACACUGACAAUAUGAGCAUUUUAGGCCUCACGAUUGAUUACGGUCCUUUUGGAUUUCUUGAUGCAUUUGAUCCAAGUUAUACACCCAAUACGACUGAUCUUCCUGGGAGGAGAUAUUGUUUUGCAAAUCAACCUGAUAUUGGCUUAUGGAAUAUUAUGCAAUUAACCAGAACCUUGUCAUCUGCCGAGUUGAUAAAUGAGAAGGAGGCAAACUAUGCAAUGGAAAGAUAUGGAACUAGAUUCAUGGAUGAUUACCAAGCUAUAAUGACCCAAAAACUUGGUCUCCCUAAGUAUGUCAAGCAGUUGAUCAGUAAACUACUAAAUAAUAUGGCUGUUGACAAAGUGGAUUACACAAACUUUUUCCGUUUACUAUCCAACAUUAAAGCUGAUCCCAGCAUCCCAGAUGAGGAGUUGUUAAAUCCACUAAAGGCGGUUCUAUUAGAUAUUGGGCAGGAGAGGAAGGAGGCAUGGAUCAGCUGGGUGAGAAUCUACGUAGAGGAGCUAUGUGCUAGUGGCAUCCCGGAUGAGGAGAGGAAGACCUCAAUGAACGCAGUGAACCCUAAAUAUGUACUCAGAAACUACUUGUGCCAGAGUGCCAUUGAUGCAGCUGAACAAGGUGACUUUGGAGAGGUUCAAAGGGUGCUUAAAGUGAUGGAACGACCAUUCGAUGAGCAACCGGGAAUGGAAAAGUAUGCUCGUCUACCCCCGGCGUGGGCUUAUCGGCCAGGAGUUUGCAUGCUUUCUUGCUCGUCAUGAGUUGUUAUGUGACUAUAAUGCCAUACAAAUGACAAAAGGAGACUACCCUCUUUGUAUCUUUGUUUUAACAGUUUUUUUUUUCUCCCGGUCGUAGUAGCAGACUAGCAGUCUGUCGUAUAUAAUAGUCGUUUUCAUUAUUCCCCCUCCGAGACUCCGGCAGAGGAAUAAUGUGGUAAUGUUGUAUGAUUCUGGUUUAUGUAUGCAAGUGAAAUAGCUCAAAGAAAUGCAUAGAUAAUACAAAGCCUAGGGAAACGAUUAUUCACUCUACUUGUAAUCCAUGAAAUCCUUAGUGAUGAAAAA